GAUUCAUUCCCAAUGGCGAACCACAUCUUGUAUGUCUGCCUCCUUUCUCUCUCCAUAUCCAAUUCACUUCUCGUUUUAGCAAAUUCUGAAACUUACAUUGUCUACAUGGACUUAUCCGCCAUGCCCAAAUCCUUUUCUAGCCACCAUAGCUGGUUCACUGCCACCCUUGACUCCAUUGCCGCCGUCACAACCACCGCCAUUUCCACCUCUUCUUCCUCGAAACUUGUUUAUAGCUACAAAAAUGCUAUUCAUGGCUUUACUGCAACUCUUUCUCCAUCAGAGCUUGAAAUUGUUAAAAACUCACCAGGMUAUCUCUCUUCGAUUAAAGAUGCUAMWGUUCAGCUCGACACAACUCACUCCACUCAAUUUCUCGGACUGAGUUCAAAAUCCGGUGCAUGGCCGGUUGCAGGCUAUGGGAAGGAUGUUAUCAUUGGGCUYGUGGACACUGGAGUUUGGCCGGAGAGUGAGAGCUUCAACGACGAUGGAAUGGGUGCAGUUCCGACCAGAUGGAAGGGUGAAUGCGAAGCAGGCGUUCAAUUCAAUUCUUCUUUAUGCAACAAGAAACUCAUUGGUGCUCGUUAUUUCAACAAAGGCCUUGUCUCGAACCUCCCAAACUCAACUCUUUCGAUGAAUUCUGCUCGUGACACAGAGGGCCAUGGAACUCAUACUUCAUCAACUGCAGCUGGGCGUUGCGUGAGACAUGCAACGUACUUUGGAUAUGGAACUGGAACCGCGACUGGUGUGGCUCCAAAUGCUAGAAUAGCCAUGUACAAAGCUAUUUGGGAAGAAGGUGUUUUUCUUUCUGAUAUUCUUGCUGCCAUUGAUCAAGCAAUCAUGGAUGGGGUUGAUGUACUUUCCUUGUCCCUUGGAGUAGAUGGUAUUGCAUUACACCAAGACCCCAUUGCGAUAGCCACUUUUGCAGCCAUGGAGAAGGGUAUUUUCGUAUCCACAUCUGCCGGAAACCAUGGACCUCAUUUAAGGUCACUCCACAAUGGAACACCAUGGGUUCUCACUGUUGCCGCCGGUACAAUGGAUCGUGAAUUCACCGGGAUAUUAACUCUUGGCAAUGGACUUUCCGUCACAGGUUUCGCUCUUUAUCCAGGAAAUUCAAGUUCGAACCCGGCCCCGAUGGUUUUCAUUGGAGCUUGUGAGAAGAAGAUGGAAGCUAAUAAACUUGAAAGAAAGAUUGUUGUGUGUUUCGACAAUAAUGGCAAACUGAGACAACAGUUAUUUAUGGUUAGAAGUUCAAAUGCUUCGGGGGCUAUUUUCAUAACAAAUGACACUGAUGUAGAGCUCUACAUGCAAAGCUCAUAUCCAGUCUUGUUUUUGGAUCUACAGUCGGGUAAAAUAGUCACAGAUUAUAUUAAAAAACUCGAUAAUGGUGAAGCCAAAGCAAGUAUGAAGUUCCAUGGGACUCGUCUCAUGACAAAGCCAGCACCAAGGGUGGCUAGCUAUAGCUCACGAGGUCCUUCAUAUGCUUGUCCGGUGGUUUUGAAACCUGACCUCACGGCUCCUGGUUCACGGAUAUUGGCGGCCUGGCCUGAUAGCGUACCGUCGGCUUAUAUUCAGAAAGGACAGGAACAACUUUAUAGUAAAUUUAAUUUACUAUCGGGCACUUCUAUGUCAUGUCCUCACGCCAGUGGGGUGGCUGCCCUACUUAAAGCAGCUCACCCAGAGUGGAGUCCGUCAGCCAUCCGAUCGGCUAUGAUGACUACAUCGGAGAUUCUGGACAACACGUUAAAUCCCAUCCAAGAUAUUGGCGAUAACGACAAUCCAGCAACUCCUUUGUCCAUGGGUUCUGGCCAUGUUUCACCAAACAAAGCCUUGAACCCUGGACUCAUAUACGACAUCAAAAUGGAAGAUUAUGUCAAUCUUCUCUGUGGUUUAAAUUUUACCAAGUCUCAAAUUCAUACAAUCACAAGAUCUUCAACCUUCAAUUGCAGCAACCCAUCGUUGGACAUAAACUACCCCUCUUUCAUUGCCUAUUUCAAUGGGAAUGACACGAAGUCGACGGCUAAAGUUGUUCAUGUCUUUAAGAGAACAGUGACUUACGUCGGGGAUGGAAGUUCGACAUUCACGGCAAAACUGACGGCGAUUAGUGGGAUAAAUGUCAGUGUCUCGCCGGAGAAACUGACUUUCCGUUCAAAGAAUGAGAAGCAAAGCUACAAGUUAAGAAUAGAAGGCCCUAAUAUAUUGAAAGAUGAAGUGGUGCAUGGUUUCUUGAGUUGGAUAGAGAGUACAGGAACGAUAGUAGUCAGAAGUCCAAUUGUUGCUACAAGCCUAAACGCACAGAAGACACUCUAAUAAAACUACCAACAAUUAACGCCAUGAGUGAGUUCAAGAUAUGUAUUCCUUAUGCCUGUCGUUUUAUCUUGAUAGAAUUUUGUGAUAACAUAUGAAGUUGAUCGAAAGUGAGGGACAAUUUUUAUAGG